ACUAAAAAAACGGAAACAGUAAAAAUUAACAUUUUCUUUGAAGAUAAAUCAUAUAAAUGGAAACAGUAACAAUUAAACAUUUCCUUUGAAGAUAAAUCAUAACAAAAGGUUCAUCAAAGAUGAAGGGGUACAUUCUUGCCUUAGUACUAUUGCUGUUUAAUGUGAUCAAUGCCUUAUCAUAUCCGGAUCCUAUCGUCAAAUUACUCAGAAAACGCAGAAGCCAGAUUUCAGAAAACUGGGGAGACGAUUCACCCUCAAUUCUGUUGCAACCAACUUAUGAUAGUGAACAUAAUAUUGCAGAUUAUCUCCUUCACCUUUCUAAACAAUCCCGUUUAUUAGAAUCUCCUCUUCCUGUUGCUGGUGAUAAUUAUUAUCAUGAAGAUAAUCGUCUUCUCCAGUAUAAACCUCCCCCCUUUCUACCUAGCUACAAAUUGUCAGGACAAAAUUAUAACAUCUUGCCAUAUCGAGACUUCUAUUCUUCCUUCUCCCAUUCUGAACAAUCUUCUUCACUGCAAUCUUCUUUUCUGUACGAUGAUAAAUAUAAUCGCUUACUUAAUCGAUUCAACCCAUUUCAACCCAGCGACGGAUUGUAUGGUAAAAAUAAAUUACCCUUUCUAAGCUCAGAUCUUCUUAAUGAUUAUAACCUUUUGCCAUAUCGACACUAUGAUCCUUACUUUAUCUAUUCUAAACAAUCCCCUGCAUUUCUGCCUUUUUUCGUCAACGUUGAUAAAUACAAUCGCUUCCCUAAUCGAUUCAACCCAUUUCAACCCAGCGACGGAUUGUAUGGUAAAAAUAAAUUACCCUUUCUAAGCUCAGAUCUUCUUAAUGAAUAUCUCUGCAUUCUCCUGUAUGGAAAAAAUAAAGUACCCUUUCUAAGCUCAGAUCAUCUUAAUGAUUAUAACCUUUUGCCAUAUCGACACUAUGAUGCUUACUUUACCUAUUCUAAACAAUCUCCUGCAUUUCUGCCUUUUUUCGUCAACGUUGAUAAAUAUAAUCGCUUCCCUGACCAAUUCAACCCAUUUCAACCCAGCGACGGAUUGUAUGGAAAAAAUAAAGUACCCUUUCUAAGCUCAGAUCUUCUUAAUGAUUAUAACCUUUUGCCAUAUCGACACUAUGAUCCUUACUUUAUCUAUUCUAAACAAUCUCCGGCAUUUCUGCCGUUUUUCGUCAACGUCGAUAAAUACAAUCGCUUCCCUAAUCGAUUCAACUCAUUUCAACCCAGCGACGGAUUGUAUGGAAAAAAUAAAGUACCCUUUUUAAGCUCAGAUCUUCUUAAUGAUUAUAACCUUUUGCCAUAUCGACACUAUGAUCCUUACCUUAUCUAUUCUAGACAAUCUCCUGCAUUUCUGCCUUUUUUCGUCAACGUUGAUAAAUACAAUCGCUUCCCUAAUCGAUUCAACCCAUUUCAACCCAGCGACGGAUUGUAUGGAAAAAAUAAAGUACUCUUUCUAAGCUCAGAUCUUCUUAAUGAUUAUAACCUUUUGCCAUAUCGACACUAUGAUCCUUACUUUAUCUAUUCUAAACAAUAUCCGGCAUUUCUGCCGUUUUUCGUCAACGUCGAUAAAUACAAUCGCUUCCCUAAUCGAUUCAACCCAUUUCAACCCAGCGACGGAUUGUAUGGAAAAAAUAAAGUACCCUUUCUAAGCUCAGAUCUUCUUAAUGAUUAUAACCUUUUGCCAUAUCGACACUAUGAUCCUUACCUUAUCUAUUCUAGACAAUCUCCUGCAUUUCUGCCUUUUUUCGUCAACGUUGAUAAAUACAAUCGCUUCCCUAAUCGAUUCAACCCAUUUCAACCCAGCGACGGAUUGUAUGGAAAAAAUAAAGUACCCUUUCUAAGCUCAGAUCUUCUUAAUGAUUAUAACCUUUUGCCAUAUCGACACUAUGAUCCUUACCUUAUCUAUUCUAGACAAUCUCCUGCAUUUCUGCCUUUUUUCGUCAACGUUGAUAAAUACAAUCGCUUCCCUAAUCGAUUCAACCCAUUUCAACCCAGCGACGGAUUGUAUGGAAAAAGUAAAGUACCCUUUCUAAGCUCAGAUCUUCUUAAUGACUAUAACCUUUUGCCAUAUCGACACUAUGAUCCUUAUUUUAUCUAUUCUAAACAAUCUCCGGCAUUUCUGCCUUUUUUCGUCAACGUCGAUAAAUACAAUCGCUUCCCUAAUCGAUUCAACCCAUUUCAACCCAGCGACGGAUUGUAUGGAAAAAAUAAAGUACCCUUUCUAAGCUCAGAUCUUCUUAAUGGUUAUAACCUUUUGCCAUAUCGACACUAUGAUCCUUACUUUAUCUAUUCUAAACAAUCUCCGGCAUUUCUGCCGUUUUUCGUCAACGUCGAUAAAUACAAUCGCUUCCCUAAUCGAUUCAACCCAUUUCAACCCAGCGACGGAUUGUAUGGAAAAAAUAAAGUACCCGUUCUAAGCUCAGAUCUUCUUAAUGAUUAUAACCUUUUGCCAUAUCGACACUAUGAUCCUUACCUUAUCUAUUCUAGAAAAUCUCCUGCAUUUUUGCCUUUUUUCGUCAACGUUGAUAAAUACAAUCGCUUCCCUAAUCGAUUCAACCCAUUUCAACCCAGCGACGGAUUGUAUGGAAAAAAUACAGUACCCUUUCUAAGCUCAGAUCUUCUUAAUGAUUAUAACCUUUUGCCAUAUCGACACUAUGAUCCUUACCUUAUCUAUUCUAGACAAUCUCCUGCAUUUCUGCCUUUUUUCGUCAACGUUGAUAAAUACAAUCGCUUCCCUAAUCGAUUCAAGCCAUUUCAACCCAGCGACGGAUUGUAUGGAAAAAAUAAAGUACUCUUUCUAAGCUCAGAUCUUCUUUAUGAUUAUAACCUUUUUCCAUAUCCUUGUUUCUUCGAUUCUAAACAACCUCUUUUACUUCCUCCUUAUUUUCUAGACGAUUAUAAGUACGAUGUCUCGCCUAAGCAACUCCAUCCAUUACUACCUAGCUACAAAUGGCCUGGAGAGAAUAAAACACCCUUUCUAAGCUCAGAUAUUAUUGGUAGUGAUGACCUUCCACAAUUUAGAGAUGGUUUUCUCCUUCCUGCUCCUUAUGACAAUGAAUACAGUAUCCUAUCUAAACAAUCCAGCAGAUGGUAUCGCUCUGAAUAUUCUGGUAGCCAGUUUCGAUCACCCUUUCUGAAAGAUCAACUUUAGCCAUACUUACAACUGCAGGCGCCAUGGAUGGAGGGUAUGGAAUUUUUCUUGGGUUUAUAAUAAAUCUCGUAGUUAUCCGUA